AUGAAGACGCUGCAUUUCGGCGCGGCGCACGAUUGGCCGGGCCCGCCCCGGCUGGCCCGGGCGGCGCUCGCCCGCUGGCGGGCGCAGCUCAACGAGCUGAACCGCGAGGGGAAGUUCACGGGUCGGGAGCAGGGGGGGCCCGAGGGGGCCGUCGUCAGCGAUCCCUUCGACGAGGCCCACUUGCACUUCGGCCGCUCGGCCGCGCGCGGCAUGCUCUGCGCGUCGCCCGGGCUGAAGACCGGGGCGGGCAUGGAGCCAGCGAACGAGCGCCUGGCCGCGAGGGAGCGACAGACAGCCUUUGAAGGGCGCAAGGCUCACAAGGACGAAAAGAACGAGUUCGCUUCGCCAGCGGCGAGGCGCUUGCGGGGCGAGCGGCCCCCGGGGGAGCUGCCGCCCCGCCCUCCGCCGUCUGACCCGCGGGGCACCCAUCGCGCCGCGGGGAGCUGA